GUGGGGCUGACGUGGGUGCAAUCACUUUGUCAUAUCAACACAUCACGUGUCUCCACGUAGGAUGCAGCAGAAACUAUUUACUACAUUGACUAAAAUACCCUUCACCACCAAACACCACCAGCACACGAAACUUUCAUACGUUUCUUUCAUGGCGGAUUCGCUCUCUCGCUGAAACUCUCUCUCUCUCUCGUUACUCCAACCACUCCUAAUUAUUCACAUCAUUAUUGGCAUGAAAAGUUAAUCUUUCCUAUAUAACAAUUAUUAAUGGCGACAGUAGGAUCCCUGAAACCUCUGCACCAUUCCUCAUGUUCAUCGAGUUUCCCUCGGAAUCCGAUCGUAAACCGGAAAGCCCUUCUUGGUUUUGUGUUUGAUUCUGCCCGGAAAAACCAGAUUCGAUGUGAGAAUUUACGAUAUUCAUCGGAAAGCGAUGGGAAGAGAAGAAAUGCGGCGGCGAAGAAGAGGAAUCAAUCCCCGGAAAGAUGUGCGGCGGAGGGAGUACUGACCGGAGGAGGGGGGUCGGAGGCGAUUGCGGAGGUGAGGACGAUGAUGCCUGAGAGGAUUAAGGUAGUGAUAUUGACGGCGUGCAUGAUGUGUCUAUGUAACGCCGACAGAGUUGUUAUGUCCGUCGCGGUGGUUCCACUCGCCGAUAAGCUUGGCUGGUCGAGUUCUUUCUUAGGGGUAGUUCAGUCCUCCUUCCUAUGGGGUUACAUUUUUUCAUCCGUUAUCGGAGGGGCAUUGGUGGAUCGGUAUGGAGGAAAAAGAGUGUUGGCUUGGGGUGUGGCAUUGUGGUCCUUAGCCACUCUACUCACUCCUUGGGCAGCUGCACACUCGACCUUAGCCUUAUUGUGUGUCCGCGCCUUUUUUGGCCUCGCUGAAGGCGUUGCAAUGCCCUCCAUGACCACCCUACUCUCUCGGUGGUUUCCAAUGGAUGAACGAGCGAGUGCGGUUGGUAUAUCUAUGGCCGGGUUUCACAUGGGAAAUGUUGUGGGACUUCUGUUGACGCCACUCAUGUUAUCUUCCAUAGGAAUCUCUGGUCCAUUUAUUCUUUUUGCAUCCUUAGGUCUAUUGUGGGUAUCCACUUGGUCAAGCGGAGUUACAAACAACCCUCAGGACAGUCCUUUCAUCACUAGGUCAGAACUCAGGCUUAUCCAGGCUGGAAAACCAGUUCAACCGUCAACCAUUUCGCCGAAACCAAACCCAUCUUUGCGACUUCUUUUGUCGAAAUUGCCUACUUGGGCGAUCAUUUUUGCUAAUGUGACUAACAACUGGGGAUACUUUGUUCUUCUCUCAUGGAUGCCUGUUUACUUCCAGACGGUGUUUAAUGUGAAUUUGAAGCAAGCAGCUUGGUUUAGCGCUCUUCCAUGGGCGACAAUGGCGAUCUCAGGUUACUAUGCAGGAGCAGCAUCGGACUUCUUGAUAAGAACUGGUCACUCUGUAACCUCAGUACGAAAGAUCAUGCAAUCUAUUGGAUUUAUGGGUCCCGGGCUGUCUCUGCUCUGCCUCAACUUCGCAAAGUCGCCUUCUUGUGCAGCGGUUUUCAUGACCAUUGCAUUGAGCUUGAGUUCCUUUAGCCAAGCUGGAUUUCUCCUCAAUAUGCAAGACAUCGCACCGCAAUAUGCUGGUUUCCUGCACGGUAAUAAUGUUAUCAGAUGGUGGAUCUUUUCUUCUUCUUCUUUUGCAUCGAUUUUGUUUCUUGCUGAAAAAGUUAGGGUUUGUAUAUCUGGUGUGCGAGACAGGUAUUUCGAAUUGUGCGGGUACGUUGGCUGCGAUCGUAAGUACAAUAGGGACGGGAUAUUUUGUGCAGUGGCUCGGCUCUUUUCAGGCGUUCUUGACGGUUACGGCCUUUCUUUACUUUGCAACCACCGUGUUUUGGCUCCUCUUUGCAACCGGAGAACGAGUCUUCUAGAUCCAAAACGCUCUCCUUGGACACUUUACUGUUUAGAGCUUUGACUAGAAUUAAAAUUAAAAUUCAUUCUUUCUUUUAUUUGGAAGUUAGAGUAGAUAUUUCUCUGGCACGUCUGUGAUAAGCACUAUAUAUACUUCCGAUUAAAUCAUAAAAUAGAAAUUAGUUUUUAUAUACAGUAUUGUCAGUAUCAUUCA